GUGUGUUGUGAGGAGUCGUUUCAGUAUGUGCGUGAGGAUCGAUCUCCAAACGGACCGGCUCUUUCUGCUGCUCGUACUGAGUCUUUCAGUGAUUUACACGAGCUGUCAAGAGAAUGGAACUGUACAAACCUGGAGAGGAGGAGAAUCAGAAUUGGAGAGAGAGUAUGACCAUUUCACCAGCAAACAAGAGCCACCAACUGAAGUUCAGCAGCUUACGACAGAUGCAGUACCAAUCCUCCCUAACCUAAGAUUGCUCAAACUCCACUCGGCUCUGCUGACCAAGAGCUUUGAGGGAGAUCAGCAUUUCUUUAAAGAGGUACCCCACACCAUACCCACAGUCUCUACCUCCAUAUCCAACACUGAACAUUCAUAUCUGGUGCCUCGGGAGGAUGCAGCAGCUUACUCUGACCUUGCAACUACACUGACCAUGACUGUGACAACGCCUGUGGAACAGAGACAGUCCGGCAAAAGCCAAAGUAGAGCAUCGGAGAAGAUGCUAUUUACCUCUCAACCUCUCACAAACCCCACCAUUCCAACCAGCACUCCCACAAGGACCAGUCAAAAGACAACUCUCACCACAAUGACAAGGAGGGCCUAUAGCAAAGAAACUACAUUGCAACCAUUGUUUCUGUCAACAUCACCUAAGAAAGAACAACGAAGGCCAGAGGAGAAAACCACGCCAGGAUACUUCUCUGAGAUAACUCCAGCUCAGUGCGAUAUGAACUACACAGACGCUGAGGGUUAUAUUGAACUCCCUCCGGAUGCCUCAUUUGAUUCCCACAUGCAUUGCACCUGCCUGGUUACUGUAUAUCUGGGUUAUGGCAUUGAGAUUCAGGUGCUGAACAUUAGUUUGGAUGAUGGGAUGGAGGCAGUUCUGGAGGAUUUGGGUGGACCAGUGACCUCUAUUCUGGCCAACAGCUCAGGGUUAUCCAGGGGUCUGGUGCUGCGGAGCUCUAGUAACCAGAUCUCAGUACAGUUUAGCAGUGAACGAGCCACUCAGCCCGGGUUAUUACUUCUGCGGUACAGAGCCUUUGCCCUGACCUGUGCAUCUCCAACUACCCCUGAUAAUGGUGAAGUGUCAGUCACUGGUCUUCAUGUGGGGGGCGUGGCCUAUUUCUCAUGUCUGAUUGGCUAUCAGCUCCUGGGCCCUGCCUCCCUGACAUGCCGAAAUGCCACAACACCAUACUGGAGUGGCAGAGAGCCCAGGUGCCAAGUUGCUUGUGGGGGGAUGAUGAGAAAUGCCACUCAGGGCCGUGUGAUCUCUCCGGGCUUUCCUGGAAACUACAGCAACAAUCUGACAUGUCACUGGAUACUGGAGGCUCCCGGAGGCCAUCGGCUACACAUUCACUUUGAGAAAGUGGCCCUGGCUGAGGAUGAUGACAGGCUCCUCAUAAAGGACGGCAGUAACAUUGACUCUCCUCCACUAUAUGACUCGUACGCAGUGGAGUAUCUGCCUGCUGAAGGAGUCACCAGCACCGGGCAGCAUCUGUUUAUUGAAUUCACCAGUGAUGAGAUGGGCACGUGCACUGGCGCUGCCAUCCGAUAUGAAGCAUUUUCUCAGGGCAGCUGUUACGAGCCAUUUGUGAAAUAUGGAAAUUUCUCUACAACUGAUCCUGCGUUUGGAGUUGGCUCUGUGGUGGAGUUCACCUGUGAGCCGGGAUACACGUUGGAGCAGGGCGCUGUGAUUUUAGAGUGCGUAAAUGAAGAAAAUCCACAAUGGAAUGAGACAGAACCAGCUUGCCGAGCGGUGUGCAGUGGAGAAAUAACGGAUUCGGCAGGUGUGGUUCUUUCUCCAAACUGGCCUGAAGCAUAUGACAAAGGUCAGGAUUGUAUCUGGGGUCUGCAUGUGGAAGAGGACAAGAGAUUCAUGCUGGACGUCCAGGUUCUUCAUCUGGGGAAGAAUGACCUGCUAACCUUUUAUGAUGGUGAUGACCUAACAGCCAACAUCCUAGGCCAGUACAGCGGUUUCCUCCCUCGGUUCAGACUCUACACCUCCACGGCUGAUGUGACCAUCCAGUUUCAGUCUGAUCCAGCAUCCAAUGUCUACGGAUACAACAACGGCUUUGUAGUUCAUUUCUUUGAAGUGGCACGUAACGACACUUGUGCGGAGCUGCCAGAAAUCCUGAAUGGCUGGAAGAGCACAUCUCACCCUGACCUGACCCAUGGCACAGUUAUUACCUAUCAGUGUUACCCAGGCUUCCGGCUGCAGGGUUCAGAGAUCCUAAUGUGUCAGUGGGAUCUGACGUGGAGCGGAGACGUGCCCCUCUGUGAGAAGAUUAUGUCAUGUGAGGAUCCAGGACUGGUGGAAAACAGCCGCAGAAUGGUAACCGACUCUCGCUAUGCUGUGGGAUCGUCUAUCGAGUACAUCUGCAACAAAGGAUAUUCGCUUUCUGGCCCUGGAGUGCUAAUCUGCUAUGGCAGAGAGACUGCAGUCCCAAAGUGGAGUGAAAAACUGCCCAAAUGUGUCCCUGAGAGAUAUGAGCCAUGCAGUAAUCCUGGUGCUCCCUCUACGGCCAUCCAGAGUUCAGAGAAAGCCUUCUUCCAGGCAGGAGAGACCCUGAGCUUCACCUGCAGGGCGGGUUAUGUGCUUCAGGGUGAAGCUACUGUCCACUGCCUACCUGGUCAUCCGUCUGAGUGGAGCGCUGCGCCCCCUAUGUGCAGAGCUUCCUCAAGAAACACUGAACAACACAGACUGAACGCUGCUGAUUCAGAGUUUGAUGUGGAAGGCGUGAACAUUGCCAUCGCGGUUCUGAUCCCUGUGGCAGUGGUGCUGAUGCUGCUCUUGAUGGUUUUUCUCUGUAUCUCAAUAGCUCAAAGUAAGAGUCUUCAGCUCCCCGGGUCAUCUUCUCCACCGUACGACAACAUGACUGAAGAAUCUGCCUUUGAUAACCCUGUGUAUGAGACGGGAGUAAGUAUGGAUGCCAUGAACCUGAGAGACGUGGCUUCAAACAACACCAUCGUCCUGUCUUGA